AUGGCGCUACCGGCGGCACCAGCAGCCGUAGGCGGUGCUCCGCCACCAAACUUCCACAUCGACGCCUACGACCGGAAGAAAAUCAAGUGGUCGCGAUGGGUGGAGAGCGACAAGGUGGCUCCACAAAACUUGCGCAACAUGACGUAUCAAGAGAUUGUCGAUGUGCUCGAGGGGCAUUUCAAUCCUCAACCCCUCGAAAUUAGUGAGAACUUUAGGUUCAAAUGCCGUCGGCAGGGGGACAAAAACGCAUGUUCUCCGGACGAGACAAUCGACGAAUACCUGGUUGCAUUACGGAAGAUUGCCGUAACCUGUAAUUUUGGAGCCUACUUGGAGACUGCACUGAGGAAUCAGCUAGUGUUCGGGAUGAAACGGAACGACAUACGGAGCAGAUUGCUAGAGAAACGGGUGCUGACUUUGCAAGAUGCAAGAGAUAUUGCUGUCGGGAUGGAGUUGUCUCUCAAAGGAGGCGCCGAAAUAGAAGGUGCUUUGGCUAAACAGGAUGUACAUGCCCUACAACACCCACCAGGUAAGCCUAAAACUAAGAAAGUGGGAGGACCGAGUCAGGCAGCUGGCAAGUCCGCUGGUGACCUUCAUUGCUAUCGCUGUGGCGAUAAAUCGCACCUGGCCAAGAAAUGUCGGCAUCAAAACACAGUUUGCUCUUUUUGUAAAAUCAAAGGGCACCUGGAGCGCGUGUGUAUGCGGAAGGCUACAACGAAUAAAGGGGAUUCCAGCCGACAAGGUGUAAAACCGGGUGCUUCGAAGACGAGUUACAUCGAACUGCGUGAGGAUACAAGGAGAGGGGAAUUGGCUUCUGGUGGGGAUGUUGUUGUUGGGGAGAUCUGUACAGUGGAAUCACGUUCGUUAGACCAGAAGUUGUGGUUGACGGCGGAAGUCUGUGGUACCGAGCUACGUUUUGAAAUUGAUACGGGUAGUCCUGUUAGCAUUAUCAACUCCAAGUGCUACAGUAAAUAUUUCCGCGGGAUUCCCUUGCAAGAGAGCGAUGUUAAUUUGGUGAGCUACUGCAAUACGAAUAUCCAUGUGAAUGGAGUUAUUGAUGCGGAAGAGAAGUUCAACGGAAUAGAGUCACGAUUGCCAUUGCAAAAGGCAGUUGAGGAUGAACUGGACAAAUUGGUUUUCGAAGGCGUGCUGACCAAGGUGGACAACAGUAACUGGGCAACUCCUAUUGUUCCGGUCAAGAAAACGGAGAAUCGAGUAAGGAUUUGCGGGGAUUACAAGCAGACGGUUAACCCCAACUUAAAGGUGGAUCGGCAUCCGCUUCCAACAGUCGAUGAACUGUUUGCGUCUCUGGCAGGAGGGGAGAAGUUUUCAAAAAUCGAUCUUGUUCAGGCGUAUUUGCAAUUGGAAGUUGCUCCAGAAGACAGGAAAAUUUUAACGUUGAACACACACCGUGGACUUUACCGGCCGAAUCGCCUUAUGUACGGUAUUGCGUCCGCUCCUGCUAUAUGGCAACGUCAAAUCGAGAUCAUCUUACAAGGGAUCGAAGGUGUUACAGUAUUUUUGGAUGACAUUAAGAUCACAGGUCCAAACGAUGCCGUUCAUCUAGCUCGACUGGAGGAAGUACUGCGUCACAACAUCAGAGUCAACAAGAAUAAGUGUGUGUUUUUUGCCGAGCGAAUAGAAUAUUGCGGGUAUCUGCUCGAUCGAGAGGGUGUUCACAAAGUUCCUAAGAAGAUGGAUGCCAUUCAAGACAUGCCACCACCGCGAAACAAAGAUGAAGUGAGAUCGUUCGUAGGAUUCGUAAACUAUUACGGGCGUUUUUUCGACAAUUUGAGUACCAUGCUAUAUCCGCUGAACAAUCUGCUCAAGAACUCCGUGGUUUUCAAGUGGACUAAGGAUUCCACGGAUGCGUCGCCCUACGGCGUAGGAGCAGUUUUGAGCCACAUUUGUCCGGAUGGUUUGGAGCGACCAAUACAAUUCGCCUCCCAAACACUAAAUGCUACACAGCAAAAGUAUAUGCAAGUAGACAAGGAGGCCUACGCUAUAAUCUUCGGGGUCAAAAAGUUUUUUCAAUACUUGUACGGCCGCAGAUUCACCCUGGUGACGGACAAUCAGGCCGUUACAAAGAUCUUCAGCGAACAAAAAGGCCUUCCCGUAAUGUCUGCGUUGAGAAUGCAGCAUUAUGCCACGUUCCUUCAGUCAUUUGAUUACGAGGUACGGUUCCGCAAGUCCAGCCAGCAUGCUAAUGCAGAUGCAAUGUCCAGGUGUCCACUAAAGAAAUCUGAUCCAGACAAUGUUGUGGAAGAAUCGGAUGUGGUGGAACUGAAUCAAAUAGGCACCCUUCCUUUGACAGCAGAAGAGUUGUCGCAAGCUACAUCGGAGGACAAAAGCGUACAGAAAUUGAUACAAGGAUUGCGGUACGGACAAGCAGUCGAAGGGAAGGAUCGGUUUGGGUUGGAUCAGACCGAGUUUUCCAAAUUCCUGAAGCAAAACGGAGUAACUCACAAGAUGGGUGCACCCUAUCACCCCGCGACAAACGGCCAGGCCGAGCGAUAUGUGCAAACCUUCAAACAUAAGCUAAAGGCUUUGCGCUGUUCCAAGUCACAGCUAGAUGUCGAACUUGCCAAUAUUCUGAUGACCUAUCGAAAGAUGAUUCAUCCGUCAACCGGACAAUCACCGUCUAUGAUGAUGUUUGGGAGACAGAUUAGAUCCCGCCUAGAUCUGAUGUUACCAAGUGUCCCGGAGAAAAGACCACCGAAUCCGGUUUCUCGUGUGUUUUUCGAUGGCGAUAGAGUACGGGUGUCCUUACCUGUUCAACCUGCGAACGACGAAGAGCAACAAACAUCAGUCGAGGUACCUGACGAGCAGGUGCGACCACGACAGCGACACACAGAUGAUCAACAACCAUUAAGACGAUCUAGUAGAGUAGUAAAACCCCCUCAAAGGCUUAAUCUCUAA